AUGGAAAAGCUCAUUCGUGAGCGAAAAUCACUUGAGCCGCGACUCAAACGCGUGUCCGAUUCAGUGCUAAAAUUCAAGCCAGAAACGGCUGAAAAAGUCGAUGUGCAAACAGAAUUGGACGCGCUCCAUGAUAUUUGGGCUGCUUAUUGUUCAGUGCACAAAAGAAUUUUGGAUGCUAGUACGAACGACGAAAUGUAUGAUGACGCCAUUGAGCGACUGUGCCAAUUCGAAGAGGCGUAUAUCACGCUGAAAAAUCGUUUAUUAAAGAUUCUAAAAAAUAUUAAAAAUCGUGAUAGCCUUGCAGAAAUACAUUCGUCGUCCCAAAAUGACGUUAUAAAUCAACUCGCUCAACAACAGGCCGAGUUUCUUCGCAUGAUGGCUGCUAAAAUGGCGCCCGUAUCUGGUGAAAAUUCUACGGCACCUAAUUUUACUCCAGCGCAAAUGCCGUCGUCAGACCUAAAGUUGCCUCGAAUGAAUUUGCCUGUAUUUUGUGGUAAUUAUCUCGAGUGGCAGUCCUUUAUCGAUCUAUUCCAAAGCAUGGUUGAUCAAAAUCCAUCGCUAAAGGAUAGUCAAAAAUUAUAUUUCCUUAAGACUAAUCUGUCUGGUGAGGCUGCUUCGCUCAUUUCGCACCUCAAGAUUGAAAACGCAAAUUACGCGCCUGCCUUGCUAAAGCUGAGAUCACGCUACGACAAGCCGCUCGAAAUUGCUCACAAACACAUUGAACGCUUUCUAAGCCAACCAGCCUUGACAUCAGCAUCUGCUCACGGCUUACGUUCAUUGCACGACGUUUCAGACGAGGUCGUUCGAGCCCUUCAAGCCAUGCACAGGGAGGAUCGCGACACGUGGCUUCUAUUCAUUCUUGUAGAAAAAUUGGAUCAUGAGACUAAGCAGCUAUGGUGUCAAAGGGCGGCUGAUAUGCCAGAAGCGGAGAUCACACUAAAAUCUUUUCUCAGUUUCAUCGAAUCACGUAGCUUUGCUCUGCAAUCAGCACACCCAGCAAGGCAACGGACGGUUGCUACCUACAAGCCUCCCGUGAAACCACAGUACAGAGGAGCCGCAACUUUCGUCGCAACCAAUACAUCGUUAAAUUGCGACGUCUGCGGAAAAUCAUCACAUCCAAUCUACCAAUGCGGUAAGUUCAUGCACAUGAGCACCGAGGAAAGAUUAGCUACUGUCAGCAAACAAAGGUUAUGUCGCAAUUGUUUGAGGAAGCACCCCGGUGAAACGUGCAAAUCUGGAAACUGCAGAAAAUGUGGUUUACACCACCAUACCCUGCUGCACAACGCUCUUGAGCCACCAAAUUUUCAACAAACUCCGUCAAAAUCGUACACUGCUCAUGCUAGUGGUAAUCCGGCCGCCCAAUCGCUGAUUUCGGCCCUUGAUUUAGCCACUAAUAUUGAUGCCUCCAAUGUUCUGCUUGCCACUGUUGCCAUCAACGUUUUGGACAAACACGGACGACCACACGCCUGUCGCGCUGUUUUGGAUUGCGCGUCCCAAGUUAGCUUCAUCAGCGAGAGCUUUUCUAACGAACUCGGCCUGGAUCUGGUGGAAGCAGACAUGGACUUAGAAGGAAUAUCAUCCACUCCUGCACACGCAGACAAAUGCGUGCAAAUUAUCAUUGCAUCCCGAUGCUCGGACUAUCGCACUACCGUUCCAUGUAUGGUGCUAGAAAGGAUCACUAAAACACUACCUGUAAAGCAAGCUAAUAUCGACGGUUGGCCAAUUCCUUCCUCCAUCAACCUUGCUGAUCCUCUGUUUCAUCGCCCUGGUAAGAUCAACGUCCUGCUCGGCAUUGAACUUUUCUUUCAGCUGCUCGAACCUGGCAAAAUUACCCUCAGCACCGAUGACAGCUUCCCCACUUUGCAAAACACCAAAUUAGGGUGGGUGGUUGCUGGUCGUUAUCGAGAUACCAGCGUUUUGCCGCAGAGUAAAAUUUCAACGUGUUUUUUGACGUCAACUGAUGAAAACCUUUGCCAGCAAUUGCGACGCUUUUGGGAGCUUGAGGAGUACGUUGAAACUUCAUCUCAUCUCAGUGAGGAGGAAAAACUGUGCGAAGAAUAUUUUCUCAAACAUACCGUUCGUGAUGCCAGCGGGAAGUUUACAGUUCGGUUACCAUUUCUGCACCCCCCGAGUCAACUUGGCGACUCGAGGCAAAUGGCUGAGAAACGUUUGAGCCACAUCGAGCGAAAAUUACAUCGAAACCCUCAACUCAAGCACGAAUAUCAUGCCUUUCUUCGGGAGUACCUCGAACUCGGGCAUAUGACGCUUGCUGAGUGCCCAGCACCCAAAGGUAGCGUAUAUCUCCCCCAUCAUUGUGUAGUCAAAGAAGCCAGUUCUACCACAAAACGUCGCGUCGUCUUUGACGCCUCAGCGAAGACGACCAGCACUAAAUAA